GCAGACACUGGAGACACCCAGUCCCUCAUGCAGCUGAUCAGUGAAACCCCAGACAGCGGCUGGUGCACUCACAGACACAGGGGAGCAAAGUGAAACCUGUGAACUGAUAUUAAAAACUACUGUCUUGGAUUUUAGAACCAGCCAGACUCUGAAGCACUCAGGCCAGACUUCUGGACUCGGAGCAAGAACUUCUGAAACCUGAAGGAAAGCGUGAUACAGACAGGAGUAAGAACUACUGCUUUUUGCUAACUGAGUUUAUAACAUAUUUAAUCUCAUUCAUGAAUCGAACUUCCUUUUUAAGUCAUGGAUGACAAGGCUUCUGUUGGAAAAAUCAGUGUCUCUUCAGACUCGGUAUCCACUCUUAACAGUGAAGAUUUUGUCUUGGUUUCCAGGCAAGGGGAUGAAACACCAUCUACAAAUAAUGGUAGUGAUGAUGAAAAAACAGGACUGAAGAUCGUGGGGAAUGGAAGCGAACAGCAGCUGCAGCGGGAGCUCGAGGACGUGCUGAUGGAUCCGCCCAUGGAAGAUCAGUCAAGUGACCGGGACCAUGGAGAAGAAGUUAGGACUGAUGGAGAUGGGGAAGAACCCGUUGUCCUUGAAGCUUCAGCAUCCUCCACCAUUAACCCAGUGUCGGUGGCAGGACUCCAGAAACCAGAAAUGAGUUUGCCAGUGAAACCAUCCCAAGGAGACUGUGAGGACUUGAGCCCUUUCACGCCGGUGACAGAUGAGGACAGCGUGGUGUUCAGCAAGCUCACCUACCUGGGCUGUGCGUCGGUGAACGCCCCCCGCAGCGAGGUGGAGGCGCUCAGGAUGAUGUCCAUCCUGCGCAGCCAGUGCCAGAUCUCGCUGGACGUGACGCUGUCCGUGCCCAACGUCUCGGAGGGAACAGUCAGACUUUUAGAUCCUCAGACAAACACAGAAAUAGCAAAUUAUCCAAUCUAUAAAAUCCUUUUCUGUGUACGAGGGCACGAUGGGACCCCUGAAAGUGAUUGCUUUGCUUUCACUGAAAGCCACUACAAUGCAGAACUCUUCAGGAUUCAUGUCUUCCGAUGUGAAAUCCAAGAGGCUGUGAGCCGAAUCCUGUACAGCUUUGCCACUGCCUUCCGGCGCUCUGCCAAACAGACCCCGCUCUCAGCCACCCCCCAGACCCCGGACAGUGACAUUUUCACCUUCUCCGUGUCUCUGGAAAUCAAAGAAGACGAUGGGAAGGGUUAUUUCAGUGCAGUUCCCAAAGACAAGGACAGGCAAUGCUUCAAACUGCGCCAGGGGAUUGAUAAGAAGAUAGUGAUUUAUGUCCAACAGACAACUAAUAAAGAGCUUGCUAUUGAAAGAUGUUUUGGCCUCCUCCUUAGCCGCGGGAAGGAUGUCCGGAGCGGUGACAUGCACCUUUUGGAUUUGGAGUCCAUGGGGAAGAGCUCUGAUGGGAAAUCCUACGUGAUCACCGGGAGCUGGAAUCAAAAAUCUCCACACUUCCAGUUUGUAAAUGAAGAAACACCAAAAGAUAAAGUGCUGUUCAUGACCACGGCAGUGGAUUUGGUGAUCACUGAGGUGCAGGAGCCCGUUCGGUUCAUUCUGGAGACCAAAGUCAGAGUUUGUUCCCCCAAUGAGAGGCUGUUCUGGCCCUUCAGCAAACGGAGCUCCACGGAAAAUUUUUUCUUGAAGCUGAAACAGAUCAAGCAGAAGGACAGGAAGAACAACUCGGACACGCUGUAUGAAGUGGUGUGCCUGGAGAGCGAGUCCGAGAGGGAGAGGAGGAAAACCACGGCCAGCCCCUCCCUGCGCCUGCCCCAGUCGGGCUCCCAGGGCUCCAUGAUCCCUUCUCCCCCCGAGGACGAUGAAGAGGAAGACAAUGAUGAACCCCUCUUGAGUGGUUCUGGAGAUGUUUCCAAAGAGUGUGCAGAAAAAAUUCUUGAGACGUGGGGAGAGCUGCUGUCCAAGUGGCACCUGAACCUGAGCGUGCGGCCGAAGACGCUGUCGGCGUUGGUGCGGAGCGGGGUGCCCGAGGCGCUGAGGGGAGAGGUGUGGCAGCUGCUGGCUGGGUGUCACAACAACGACCACCUGGUGGAGAAGUACCGCAUCCUCAUCACCAAGGAGUCUCCACAAGACAGUGCCAUCACCCGAGACAUCAAUCGAACGUUCCCUGCUCAUGAUUAUUUUAAAGAUACUGGGGGGGAUGGCCAGGACUCCCUGUACAAAAUAUGCAAGGCCUACUCUGUCUAUGAUGAGGAGAUUGGCUACUGCCAAGGCCAGUCGUUUCUUGCUGCUGUGCUGCUGUUACAUAUGCCUGAGGAGCAAGCAUUCAGUGUUCUGGUCAAAAUCAUGUUCGAUUAUGGACUCAGGGAACUUUUCAAACAGAACUUUGAAGAUUUGCACUGCAAGUUCUAUCAGCUGGAACGCCUCAUGCAGGAAUACAUUCCUGACCUGUAUAACCACUUCCUGGACAUCAGCCUUGAAGCACACAUGUACGCUUCCCAGUGGUUCCUGACCCUCUUCACUGCAAAAUUCCCUCUCUACAUGGUCUUCCAUAUUAUUGACUUGCUCCUGUGUGAGGGAAUAAGUGUUAUCUUUAACGUUGCACUGGGAUUAUUAAAAACCACCAAGGAUGAUUUGCUCCUGACUGACUUUGAGGGGGCUCUGAAGUUCUUCCGUGUGCAGCUGCCCAAGCGCUACCGCUCCGAGGAGAACGCCAAGAAGCUGAUGGAGCUGGCCUGCAACAUGAAGAUUAGCCAGAAGAAGCUGAAGAAAUAUGAAAAGGAAUAUCAUACCAUGAGGGAGCAGCAAGCUCAACAGGAGGAUCCUAUAGAAAGAUUUGAGAGGGAGAACCGGCGCCUGCAGGAGGCCAACAUGAGGCUGGAGCAGGAGAACGACGACCUCGCGCACGAGCUGGUGACCAGCAAGAUCGCCCUCAGGAAGGACCUGGACAACGCAGAGGAGAAGGCAGAUGCCCUCAAUAAGGAGCUGCUGAUGACCAAGCAGAAGCUGAUUGAUGCAGAGGAAGAAAAGAGGCGCCUGGAGGAAGAAUCCGCUCAGCUGAAGGAAAUGUGUCGUAGGGAACUCGAUAAGGCAGAGUCCGAGAUCAGAAAGAACAGCUCUAUUAUUGGUGACUACAAACAGAUUUGUUCCCAGCUGAGCGAGCGACUGGAAAAGCAGCAAACAGCAAAUAAAGCUGAAAUUGAGAAAAUCCGGCAAAAGGUGGAUGACUGCGAGCACUGCCGGGAGUUCUUCAACAAGGAGGGCCGGGUGAAGGUGGCCAGCACUGCCAAGGACGGGUCGGACGAGGACACGGACGAGGAGAAGGAAACGCUGAAGAACCAGCUGAGGGAAAUGGAGCUCGAGCUGGCCCAGACCAAACUGCAGCUUGUGGAGGCGGAAUGUAAAAUCCAGGACUUGGAGCACCAUCUGGGCCUGGCCCUGAAUGAAGUGCAAGCUGCAAAGAAAACGUGGUUCAACAGAACAAUAAGCUCUAUAAAAACAGUGACUGGAGUCCAAGGCAAAGAGACUUGUUGAAAAGCAGCUCUGUCAAACACACCUUUUAACACAACACCUUUUGUUGCCUUCCUUGGCCAGUUGUUUAAUUCUGUGACGUGAGAGGACCAGAAUGUAAAUAAAAUAGAAACACAGCAUGUCAGGAUUUCAAUAGGUCAGUGAUAAAGAGGAUGGAAACAUGGGAGAGGUUUUAUUGCUAGACAUGGGUUGUUCAUACUACUGAUAUUUAACAGGUGAUGUAGCUAGAUUGAAGCUCUUCAGAGAAACACUCCAUUCUGCGUCUGGCUGGAGGCUUUUCACAGACUAGGUACGAGAACUUACCAAACCCUAAUUGUUAAGUUUACAUAUGAUAGGUUUUUUUACAGUUAUAACCUUUUUUAAUAUUUUAUUUGAAAGGAAAAGUGUCACUAACAAAGUAAAAAAA